AUGGGAAACAUCCAGCGCUCAGACUACAAUGCGCAGUGUGACAUUGAUGUGCAACAUCCCAACUGGAUGAAAAACCUUUCGGACCAGUGCUUGCUCGGUGAGUUGUUUAUCCCUGGCACGCACGACAGCUGCUCCUUACAUGGUGGUGAUGCAAUUCAAUGCCAGUCACUCCCUCUUCCCAAGCAGUUUCGCGCUGGUAUCCGCUACCUCGAUAUCCGGUUGCGUCAUUUCAACGACACGCUGCCAGUGCACCAUGGCCUCAAAUUUCAGCACACCAACUUCACUGGUGUACUUCGUUCCUGUCGGGAGUUUCUGGAAGAAGAACCCAGCGAAGGCAUUCUGAUGCGGGUGAAACAGGAGUACCAGGCAGCAAACAACACAACUAGCUUUGAUCAGCUGGUGAAGGGAACUUGUUUGAGCGUUCUUGGCGCCAAGUGGUUUGUAGACUACAAAGGUAAGCUGGAGGCUUUGACUUUAGGUCAGCUGCGGGGCAAGAUCUUGAUUUUGCAGCAAUACCGAGGGGAGAAGGCGCCCGGGGCCUUUCGCUAUGGGUGCUUGGACAUCCAAGAUGAAUACAGUUUGCCCACGGUCUUCCACAUCAAGAGCAAGAUCUCGCAGAUUGAGGACCACUUCAAGAAGAAACGUGGCUGCGUGAGCCUGAACCAUUUGAGUGGCUCUGGUGCUGGCUGUUAUCCCUACACCUGCGCCCGCAACACGAACUCGGCAGCGUUGGAGGUCUUGCGCAGAAAUGAGACAAUGCAAGGCACCAUUGUUGAGCGCUUGCUGGUGGCCGAGCGGUGGCAACGUUUGACCAGUUAUCUCAGCCAAGCUGCAGGGCGAGCAGAGCCAGGCCAAGUGACGGAAGAGCCGGCGUCCGGGGCGGAUCAAGUCCUCGAGGUCUUAAUGCUGGGGCUCCGUCUGAGCGAGGCGGCUGGACGGAAGGCGAGCAAGGAGGACUGGGAGCAGCUGUGCCAGGAGAUCCGAUCCGAUCCAGGCCUCCCAGGGCUGCUGGAGAAGAUUCGCUCGCCUCGGCGAGUGUCCCGGCUGAGCGGCGAACCGCGCGCCACGCGUGGCUCCCUCUCGGCGCCGAGUGCCUUCCUGGUGAGGACCACAUUGCCGCCCUGCUACGAAGACGGCCCGCCGCUGCUGCCGGACGCGCCGGUCCCGGUGCUGCCGGUCGCGCGGCGCGUCUCGCGGCCGCAGAGUGCGGCGCGGAGCCGGAGCCAAGUGGAGCCGUUUAGGAGUCAUCCGGUACCUGGUUGGUCAGAGACGACCCAAUGA